AGUAGGGCAUAGUUGAACAUUUAACACCAUAAUUAACAGACUUAAACCUCGAAGUUAACUAUAGUGGCUUUAAAAUAGUUUAUCUGUCAAAAAAAAAGAAUGGCGAAGUUAUUUGCUUGUACUAUCCUGCUAGUGAUCUUAGCAUACUCUAGUAAUACAUUCGCCUCCGAUAUUGAAGGUGGUGUCCCGACGACCAUACAAGCGCAUCCCUACCUCGUUUCAAUACAAGGUAAAGAUGGUUCACCUAUAAUCUGUGGUGGUGCUUUGAUUAAUGAAAAUACCGUUGUGACUGCUGCGCAAUGCUUGGCUUUCUACGAUGCUUCCCAACUGGCUGUCGGUGUCAAUAAUGGCGAAAAAAUCGUUGAAAUCGCGGCGCAAAGUUUCAAUCCGCGAUUUGAUUUUGUCACCAUGGAGAACGAUGUGGCCGUUUUGAAAUUAGCCGAAUCAGUGGAAAGUGGUUCCAUUGAGUUAGCCAGCGAACUGCCGGCAAACGGUGCCAAAGGUGUGGUGACCGGUUGGGCAGCCAACAACAGUCUCGUUGAUGUUGCAGUGAGAACAAUUGACGCCGAAGAAUGUGGUUCCGGCGACUAUAAGUACAGCGAGGAUGAAGUGUUGAAUACCAUGUUGUGUGGCCUUGCUAGUAAUCUGCAAGCUUGUAAUGGUCAAGCUGGUGAUCCAUUAGUGGUUGAUAAUCAGCUGGUCGGUUUGGUUUCCUGGGGUUACGGUUGUGGCAACAAGGGCAAUCCGGCUGUCUUCACUAAUAUUGCAGCCGAGCGCUCGUGGAUCAUUGAAACCGCUAAUCAACUUUAAAUUUAUUGUAUUAUUAUACAUUUAGUUAAUAAAUUACAGUUAUGAUUGAAGCAGAA